UUAUGGGUCCUUCGUGUAGUUCCUGGUCCACGUCGGUCUUGAUCUAGAUCAGGAUGAGUACCAGGAUAAAAACAGUCACCGAUAAUCGACCGAGGGACCAGUAGACACAAUUUCCCCUGAUAUCCUCCAAAACAUGCCCAUGCAAGAUUUACUUUCCGCUUUCUGAGAGAUCAAGAGCCCCUUCAGAAGAUCUCAGGAUGUCUUGGUUUGUUGAUCUUGCCGGGAAGGCAGAGGACUUCCUAAAUAAAGUGGACCAGGGUGCAGCCAACGCUUUGAUAAAAAGCACUCAGAAGUCCUCCCUGUCCUACAACAGCCCUGACACCACAGAUUCGAUCCAGUACAACUCGGACUCCAUCUCCUCCUCUUCCCAUGAAACUUCAGCUUUCAUCUCCGCAGCUGCUGGGAACAUAAAGAAAUCCAAAGCCACGGUUUUGGCCGGUACAGCUAAUGUCUCCAGCACCACGCCUUUGGGUUCUAGCAGCAAGGCAUCAUCCAACUUUGUGCGACCCAAAAAGCCAGAAGUAAACGAUGAUUUGCUCUUUGACUUCUUGAAUAGUUCGGACCCACCGCAGAGCGAAAGAAAGGAGGUCCGAAGAGAAACUGUGUCUAAAGUUUUGGGUCCAGCAGGUGGGUCAGCUGAGACCCAGAUGCCCCCUAUUUCUGUGGCCGGCGACCUGCAGAUGGGACCCUCUGUUACUGCAACCCCGUCGUCAACACAGGGCCUGUCCAGAAAUUCCAGCCUCAGCUCUCUCUCGAACAGCUCACACAGCGUUAAAACUGAGGAUGGCUCCAGAGACCAAAGCCAAGCUGAUGUUCAUGAGAGUUUGAAUCCAGGGCUGGAUGAUCCCGCAGAGUCCCAGCCAGCACUGGAGAUCCCACCUAUAGAGCUUCAGCAGCAGCAGCAGCAGCAGGGCCAAGAGCAGGUGAUCUCCAACCUUCGUCUCGAGAACCAGCUUUUACGCAAUGAAGUCUCUUCUCUCAACCAGGAAAUGGCCUCUCUAAUCCAGAGAGCCAAAAACAUGCAGGAGGAGGUGAACGUUUCCAGGGCUCGUGCUGAAAAGUGGAACUCUGACCAGUCUCGUGUUGAUCGCACGGUUCGAGAGCUGAGGGCCCAGGUUGAUGACCUCACAGAAGCCCUUUCUGCAAAAGAUGGUCAGCUGGCGGUCCUUAAAGUACGACUGGACGAGGCAGAUCAGCUGCUGAGGGCCCGAAGCUCUGCCCUGGAGGAAGCUCAGAACGAGAGGGUCAGGAUUCUUCAGGAUCACAGUGAGGGAAGCAGUCUUCAGUCUCAGGCUUUACAGACACUACAGGAAAGAGUAAGAGACUCAGAAGCAGGAGUGAAGAGAGAACAGGAGAGCUACAGACAGAUGCAGAGUGAGUUUGCAACAAGACUGACGAAGGUAGAGUCCGAGCGGCAGCAAUUGGCAGAGUCAUUAACAAGCGCAGAGCGUCGGGCGACUGAAGAGAAACAAAGAGCUGAGGAGCUACUUCAACAGGUCAAGAGCGCCCGAUCCACAGCAGAGUACACCAAACAAGAGCUCCAAGACUACAAAAACAAAGCCUCACGCAUAUUACAGUCUAAGGAGAAGCUGAUCAGCAGUCUGAAGGAGGGCUCAGGUCUGGAGGUGCUGGAGGGGGCCGGGGCUGGAGUUGAACUUGAAGAGCUCCGUCAUGAGAAAGAGCUGCAGAGAGAGGAGAUUCAAAAGCUACAGGCCCAAAUACAGAGCUUACGAACAGAGAUACAGGAUCUGGAAACCCAGGCACUCACAGAGACUGAAAACUGGAGAGAACAGCUGGCAGAAGUACAGGAACAACAUGCCCAGCAGAUCAGAGCCAAACAGGAAACAGAAGCAGAACUGGAGAGAUCCAAACAGGAACUGCAGUACAUUGAGGAAGAGCAUCAUCGCACUAAAAUCACCCUUCAGGGUCGCGUCAAAGACAGAGAAGAUGAGAUCCAAAAGCUUAGAAACCAGCUGACCAACAAGGCUCUGAGCAACAGCAGUCAGGCGGAGCUGGAGGGCCGUUUGCACCAGCUGACAGAGACACUGAUUCAGAAACAGACCAUGUUAGAGGCCCUUGGCACAGAGAAAAACUCUCUGGUCUUUCAGCUGGAGAGGCUAGAACAGCAACUGAAGAGCCUGCAGGGUGGUCAGAACAGCAGCUCACACAUCAACAUGGCUGCCAUGGAGGGACCAGGUGCUAGGCAGAGGAACACACCAAUCCUGUUUAAUGAUGCAGACGGACCGGGUACAGGAGUGUAUGGGAAGGUUCGUAAAGCGGCCAGCACCAUCGACCGCUUCAGUAUACGUCUAGGAAUCUUUCUCAGACGUUACCCCAUGGCCAGGGUCUUUGUUAUUAUUUAUAUGGCAUUACUACACCUUUGGGUAAUGAUUGUCCUUUUGACAUACACACCAGAGAUGCAUCACAAUCAUCCUGAUGGGAGAUAAAGGACUUUCCACCUGUAACUACACAUAAUAAACUGUUUGAGAUUAGUAAGGGUUAAUAAAGGUUAAGUUUAGGGAAAUUUCAGGCUGCUGUACAGUGGCUCAGUAUGCAUUCAUUUCAAUUUGCACAGACAUGCUGUUGGCCGGUUCUUUCUCUCUCUGUGUUACUCUUUCUCUCUCAUUUCCCCUCAUUCACCUCAUUUAUUUACUGUUUUGGCCCUUACAUUAUUGAAUGCUUUCAGUAAAAUCUGGCGUGAGUGUUAAGAACAGUAUAAAGUGAAAUAUUUAAGGUGUAAUUUAAAGGUGUGGUUUUAUUCAAUUGAGAAUCUUUUGUCUUUUAUUCAUCUCUGUUUCAUGCAAAUGUAAUCAUGACUAUUUUUGUUACAGGAAAUAACAGAUUGUAUUCCCCACACUGUAAAGCAGAUAUAUCUUAAUAAAUAUUAACAUGGACAUAAUCUUAAUUCUCCUAGCU